GGCGCGAUGCCCGGCACUCGGUGCGCCCUCCGCGGACCCGGCCCCCCUCUCCGUCCGGCUGACCCCGCGCCUCGCCGGGGCGGCUCCGGCCGCGGUCGCAUCAGGCCCCAGGGAUCCGCCGGACUGACAGGGACUGCUGCUUAGAGAAUGUAGAUGCUACACUGCCUUGGUCUCUGAAAGGUAACUGCUUUAGCUAAUCAUGCCAACGUGUACGCUUCCUCGGGGGAUCGUGCAUGAGCCGCACGGCCUACACUGUGGGAGCCCUGCUUCUCCUCCUGGGGACCCUGCUGCCCACUGCCGAAGGGAAAAAGAAGGGGUCCCAAGGUGCCAUCCCCCCGCCAGACAAGGCCCAGCACAAUGACUCGGAGCAGACUCAGUCUCCCCAGCAGCCGGGCUCCAGGAACCGGGGGCGCGGCCAGGGGCGCGGCACGGCUAUGCCUGGCGAGGAGGUGCUGGAGUCCAGCCAGGAGGCCCUGCAUGUGACCGAGCGCAAGUACCUGAAGCGAGACUGGUGCAAAACCCAGCCGCUCAAGCAGACCAUCCACGAGGAAGGCUGCAACAGCCGCACCAUCAUCAACCGCUUCUGCUAUGGCCAGUGCAACUCCUUCUACAUCCCCAGGCACAUCCGGAAGGAGGAAGGCUCCUUUCAGUCCUGCUCCUUCUGCAAGCCCAAGAAAUUCACCACCAUGAUGGUCACGCUCAACUGCCCUGAGCUGCAGCCGCCCACCAAGAAGAAGAGGGUCACACGCGUCAAGCAGUGUCGAUGCAUAUCCAUCGAUCUGGAUUAAGCCGGGCACAGCCAGCCUGUCCUAGGGAUGCAGCCCCGGGUGGCCUGAGCCAGACCUAAGCGACCUGAUCCCUACUCGGCUUAAACCUACAGGCAAGAAGAACAACCAGCUGCCGUGUGACCGGAGCCUGCUAGUGCAUAGUUUGUGUGCAUGCGUGUGCGUGGUGUUUGGGGGUUUGCAGACGCUGUGGAGGGCACUUCCUAUCAUGUAGACACAUCCGCUUCCCUGGGACGGCAGGGAAAGCUGGGGGUGGGGGGUGGGGGGAGGAGUGGGGCCGGCGGACGGGCACCGGGGCUCCCCUGGGACCAGAGGCCCCCCCCACCCCCAAACGAAUGCUGGUGGAAGAGGCUACUCUGGGGCGAGGGACCUGUCUUCAGCCGCAUGACACUGGAGAAGGUCUUCGUUCCUCUCUGCCGCCCUCCCUUCCCCAGCCCACCCCUUAGGAUCUCGGCGACUCUUCCAAUUCCCUACCUGCCAGGGACACUAACUCCGCUCAGGGGACCAUAGAUGGUCACCCUUUCUGGCUUUGGGAAGGUCCUCCCACCCGGGGAGGCCGGCGCGGGGGAGGUCGAGCAGUGGGAGGCGCAGUCUUGCGGGGCCGCCCCAAAACACAGCACAGCCGGGCUUCCCCACGGCUUCCUGGUUUCCUCGAUGUUUAUUGGAAACCAAGCAAAUGGACGAGAGAUGGAGGCGCCCAACAGUCAUCACCCGGCUGUCCCCGUGAUCUGCUGAACUUGGCUGCCCCCAAGAGCAAACUUCGAACAUAAAUAUUGACCACUCCUAUUUCCGGAACCAAGUGAGUGAGCUAGACCAAGGAGACCCCCCAGCUCCACACCUCCCGGGGGACAUAGAUGAAGCUCAGAGCCCCCUGUGCCCGCUGGGGAGGGAGGAAGCGAGCACCUCAUAAGGGGUCCUGGUCUCUUUCCUCUUGCCUGGAUGUGAUCACCGCUUUGCCAGUUAUUUCCGUGUGAUGCUUCUGAGAGCCACAAACCUGUCCUACAGAGACUGUGGCUCUGCCCAGUGCACCUGGCAGGGAAGAAUCCGGCUAAGGUGGGAGCGCCUGGAGCCUGCUCCAUGUGAGCUACCAAUGUAUCCUGGGCCUUUUUGUUUUAGCCACUGGUAGGAGAUAGAGCUGGAGAGCCAAGGAGAAUAAAGAAAUAAAGGAAACUGCCUCUGAUGAAGGAGUAGUUUAAUGCCUGGGAAGAGUUGAAAGGGAUGCAUCCUCCCCUUCUUCCUUUGCCUCCUCAGGGUCUAAUGGGAAACCCUAGUUAAGAAAUCAGAGCAUUUGGAAAAGAACCAGCCAAACAAGCAUUUUUGUGCAUUCGCUGUCUCUCUACUGGCAGUGGGAUUCACGUUGCCAGUCAGAACCUACUGGUGGACCCCCUCCUCUAAUUAAACUCCAGCUCCUGGCAACCCCUGCUUAGGAUUUAUCUAGAGCAGGGUCGGUGGACUUUAUUGCAUUUUGGAUUUGGCUAAUCUGUUCUCUUUAAGCUUGAGGUUUUCUGUGUGAACCCAUUCCCACACCUAAAACACUUUUUUGUUUUGUUUCGUUUUGUUUUUUGCCUUGUGCCUUCUCAUCCUCACUAGGCAAGUUGUGUGAUAUGGGAAACACUCACCAUUGACUAGCAUUUUAGUUGCCCAUCAAGGCUCCAGCCUUGCACUAUAGAGGCUAUUUGUAUCUCAUUUUUAUUCUUUUGGUGCGGCGCUCUCCCGUCUAAUGACCAAGCCAGAACCAUGCUUUGAGGCAGAAGUUACCUUGGACGCCCAAACUACUGGGUCAAAUUUUGAAACUUCUAAACUCACUACUGAUGAUUCCACCCUAGGCAAACUUGUCCAAACACAUGGUCUGUGUAUUUCGUAUACACUGUAUGCCCCUGCCCUAAAUUUUUCUAUCAUCCACAUCCUCCAACAAUAAAAUGCAGAAUGGAUUUAAUUAAGCACACAAAUACUAAGCCAGAAUUUUGAGGGUGGGGAAGAGGAAAAGAAAGGGGAAGGAGCUGAAUAUGUAAAGCCACACUAGAGAGGAAAAAUGACAUUUAGAACCAGAGACACUGAAUUUCUCUUGUUGUUUUAACUCUGCCACAAGCAUGCAGUUUUGUUAAAAAGAGAUGACUUAAGUUGGCAGCAGUAAUCUUCUUUUAGUAGCUCAUACCACAGUCUUGCAUGUAAGUUGGAUUUGGCUUAAGUAAAGAGAAUUUCCUCAAAAUUAACUUCGCUGGGUUAAUCAGCAGCAUAACUACCCUGGAAAAGUACCCAGCGCUAGCCAGAGAGGGAAACGUCUGCUUUUCUUACUGUGCCUGUAUUAAGACUAGCGAAGUGUGGUGUGUCUUACAGCAUUUAUUGAAAGUGCCACAUCUAUUACAUAUUGUAUUGGAGUCUUCGAUGAAGAAAUAUGUUUUUUUCAUUACUACAGUAGAAAUUUUUAAUGGAAAGAUAUCGGUGAUCUCAAUCUUUCCUAUUAAAAUGAUGCCAAACACCAAAUAUGAAUUUUAUGAUGUACACUUUGUGCUUGGCAUUAAAAGAGAAAAACACACAUCCUACAAGUCUGUAACUUGGUUUUUUUUGUUGUUGUUGUUGUUAAAAAUGUACAUGAAAAAUCUGGAGGAAAAGAUAAUUUCCACUGUGUGGAAUGUGAAUAGUUAAACAAAAAGUUAUGGUUAUUUAAUGUAAUUAUUAAUUCAAAUCCUUUGGUCACUGUGAUUUUGAGCAUUUUUUUCUCCUUUAUUUGACUUCCUCUGAGUUGAGCAAAGAAGAAACUGGCACAGUAUAUGUUGUUGGAUGCUUUUUAUCAGGUCAGAGGGAAACAAUAAGAUCUUGACACAUCUGAACAUGUGUUAGGGAGUCAGGACCUGAACUUUUUUUUCUUUUAAUUGAAUGUUCCUUAAAGGUUAACAUUUCUGAAGCAAUAUUAAGAAAGAUUUUAAAUGUUAUUUUGGAAGACUUUUGAUGUGUGUAUACAAAUAGCAGAAAAUAAUGAAUAGUUCACAAGUCCUUUUAAGGAGAAAAUCUAAAAUGAAAAGUGUAUGUACAGAACCUAUAUAAAUGACCAGUUAAUGCUUAAGCGUGGAAGUAGUCCUAUUGAUUUGUCAUUCUCAAGAUAUUUAAUAUCAACUGCAUUAUGUAUUAUGUGUGCUUUAAUCACGUAAAAACAACAGAGGAUUAUAUAGACUAUGAUUGAGUUACUUUGCUAUGUAUGAGGAUGAGGGGGAUUUAAUAGCCUCAUAAAAGUUGAUUUGGUUUAAAGCAAAGUUUUAUGAAUCUGUAACUAGAAUUUGAUUUUAAUCCCAAUUAUGUUCCAUAUAACCUUUUCCAAAGAGCAACCUUUCCCAAAGAGCAACCAAUAAAUUGAAACUCUUCUCUGUG